CCCCAAAAAAAUAAAAAUGCCUUAAUUAUAAAAAAAUUUUCAGUUAUCCGUCAAAGAGAAAGGCGGUCCUAUGUGAAUCCCUAUCGGUAUUGGAUCCAUGAUAAACUCGGAUUUCAUCCUGCUUCUAAUCAUUCAUUUUCUUCUGUUUAUAACCUUGAGAAUUCAACCUAAACGAUACAUCAAUCUGCUAGGGUUAGAACUUAGAAAAAAGAAACACACACACACACACACAUCGCCCGCGCGCACACACAGAGUUGAUCACUUCAAGUCUUCGAUCAAUCAUGGCUGCCGUCGAAUCCACGAAGAAAUUCCCAACUGAAGAAGACGCUUUAGAGUUCAUAGCUGAAAUCAAGCAAGCAACUAAUUAUCAUCCUAACAAUCAAGAAGCCAACAACAAGUUCAAUCAAUUUGCUUGUGCCCUGUUAGAUUUCGAAAAACAGAGGAUAUCCGCAGAAGCUUUAGUGCUCAAAUUGGGAACUCUGUUCCAAUCCCACGAGAAUUUACUUCGUGGGUUCAAGGUUUUCUGCCCCAAUUCUCGACAACCAGUGGUAACCCGAGUUUCAUUGAGGAUUAGGAAUCACGAGUUCGAAGAUCACCAGAAAGAAUUAGGGCACAAGUUCUUGAACGAAGUCAAGGAAAGAUUUCAGGACAAACCCAGAGCUUAUACAGAGUUCUUAAACGCGUUGGUUGAGUACAGGAAUCAAACGUUACACAUCAUACUGUUUUGUCGGAAAAUCGUGCAACUGUUCUUCCGGCACCCGGAUUUGUUGCAUAAAUUCGUCGGCUAUUUCGACGAUUGCGACGAUAAAUCCCGACGAGAAAUCGAAAGACACUGUAAGUUUGCGAUUGAUGAUUUUCUGGAAGAGAUUGAAGUGACGUUGAACAAUUUGAGGACUUCGAUGGCGAUUGUGGAAAAGGCGUUACGGAAGAAGAAGAUUUCGAAGAUGGGUAAAUAUGUUGAACGGAAAUUUGUGGGGAUCAGAGAAUUGGGAAUUAAGAAAACGUUCCCGGUGAACAGAAUGGAAGUGACCAAGAUUAUGAAGAGGGAUCCAUUAAUGGCUUUGCCUUAUGUUUCGGAUCGACUUAGAGAAAAGGAACAAGAAGCUUUAAAGGCUCGUUCUGCGGCUUUUGAGUUAUUGGGAGUGAUUCCGCAUGGUAAUCAAAUGUAAUUCCGAUUCUACGAAAAAGAGGAAGUGACCGAAACUGAUUGAUGCUGGAGGAGAUGAAUUUCUGGUUCAAUGACCUGCAGAUCACAAUGGGAUUUCCUGUCUGUGUUCAGGGUUCAAUGUUAAGGACCUUCACGGUUCUCUUAUCGUGUACUCAUAAUAAAGUGGAUUAUUUUUAGGAGACAUUGAAAAAUAAGUAUGAGGGAAGAUUAAUUUGGUACGCGGAUUCUAACUUUAUUAAGAAUGACU